AUGCUCUACAUUUCCGAGUAUAAGCCGCCACACAAGCUGAGCUCUGAGUAUCUGCGUGCCGGUCUGCGCAUCACGGACAUGCACGGGGAAGUGGUGAACCGCAGGACGAUUCCGACUUCGAUAGACCCUGGUACUUAUCAUUACAUGAUCGAAAGUGUCCUUGAAUAUGGUCUGCUGAUUACUGGCGAAGCCAUUGUGUUCCUCAACGUGAAUUGGAAUGACCCUGAGACCCUUUAUUAUCAUCUCGCAGAGCCAGGUCCGGAGGUGACAGCCCAUCCAAACAACCUAUUCGAAGGGAUUCAAUGA